GCUUUUCCAGAUCCUGUGUGCAGCCAUGGAGACUAACAAAAUCCUUCUGAACAUCGAUAACAACAGGAUGACUGCUGAUGACUUCAGAGUGAAGUACGAGACCGAGUGUGGUCUCCGGCAGAACGUGGAUGCCGACAUCUGCAACCUGCGGCCCGUCCUGGACCAGCUGGCCAGCUGCAAGACCGACCUGCAGCUGCAGUGCGAGGCUCUCACGGAGGAGAUGUGCUGCCUCAAGACCAACCACGAGGAGGAAAUGAGCUGUCUGAGGAAGCAGGCAACUGGGGAUGUGAGCGUGGAGGUCAAUGCCUGCCCUGGCCCAGACCUGAGGAAGAUCCUGGAGGAUCUGCGGUGCCAGUACGAGACGCUGAUGGAGCGCAACCGCAAGGAGACGGAGCAGUGGUAUGCCUGCAAGAUGGAGGAGGUGAAUCUGGAGGUCGUCACAAGCAGCCAGGAGAUCGAGUCAAGCAACAAGCAGGUCACUGAGCUGAGGCGGCAGCUGCAGGCCCUGGAAAUCAAUGUGCAAGCCCAGCUCACCAUGAAAGAAAACCUGGAAUCCUCUCUGACGGAGACCGAGUGUCGCUACAACAAAUACCUGGCUGAGCUGCAGACCCAGAUCUCCUGCGUGGAGCAGCGGCUGGCUGAGAUCCGAGCGGAAAUGGAGUGCCAGAACCAGGAAUACAAGACCCUCCUGGACGUCAAGUGCCGCCUGGAGCAGGAGAUCCAGACCUACCACUGCCUGCUGGAGGGCGGCCAGCACGACAUCAUAGGGCCAGCAGGAAGAGGAGUCGCUGCCACAUCAGCUGGGAGGAGCGGGGGGCUGAAAGCCACUCUGUGCCAGCCCUGCCUGCCCUGAGCCUGGCACAGGAGAGGGUCUGCCAGGUCACUGCAGACCAGAGAGCCCCUCAGCCCCACUGCACAUCCCCGAGGAGCUGUGAAGAACAAGCCAUUUGGAAGAACAAGGCAAGAAUAACCCGGGUGUUCUCAGUUGUGCUCCAGCAGCAGCCAGAGGGACUCCAUAGGAGCUGCUCUGAUCCCAGCACUGCCCCUCACUCGGGCUCCCCAGGGCUGUGCUGGUUGUCUGACAGCAACCAAGGCUUGUCUCCAAUAAAACUUUGCUCCUACUGA